GAGAGCAGAGCCGAGCCGCGGCCGCGAGUCAGUCAGUAGCCGUGCGGCGUGCUGCGCGGUGUUCAUUCCGUGUGUGUGUGCGUUCGCGUGCGAGUGUGCGUGUGCCGUGCGUGUGAGUCUGUGUGUGUGUGUGUGGGCCGUGGAGGCCUUGAGGGCGGACUGCAUGGCGCGGUGCGGCGCGGCGCGCGGUGUCAUCGGCAGCCCGCGCCCCUCCCGCACCACCCUGGCGGCCUGCGAUUAGCCGCCCCGCCGCUGCUCGCCCCGGUGCUGGGCGCGGCCAUGGCUGGCCGGACGCAGCCGCCGCCAACCUGGGGCACCACGACCUGCAGCAGCAGCAGCACCACCUCCACCAGCUGCGGCCCAGCCCGGCUCCCCGCAGCACCAGGCCCGCGCCGCCACCGGCUCCCGGGCCACCAGCACCACCAGCUGCAGGUGGAAUGACUCACCAUGUGGCGCCCCCGCGGCCGGCGCCGCGGCCCUGCCCGCCCAAGAAGCUGGGGCGGGACUCGCUCUCGUCCAUGCGGUCCCUGAGCCGGGACCUGGGCCGGGACUCGCUGGGGUCGCUGGGGAGGGACUCGCUGGGGUCCCUCGGCAGGGACUCGCUCGGGUCGUUGGGCAGGGACUCGCUCGGAUCCCUGGGCCGGGAUUCGCGCGCCUCGCUGGGAAGGGAAUCGCUCGGCUCCCUCGGCAGAGACUCUCUCGGCUCGCUUGGCCGCGACUCGCUCGGGUCGCUCGGCUCCCUGGGCAGGGACUCGUUGGGCUCGCUGGGGCGCGAGUCGCGGCCCGGGCGGCCGUCACCGGUGGGGGCCCCGGGGGGCGCGUGCCCCGGGCCCCCGGGCGGCGUCCCCUCGCCCGGCUGCUACAAGUACCGCCCGCCCGCGCACGGAGGACACUCCUCGCCCGCCUUCCCAUCGCCAGGCUUCCCCAGACUGGUGACGGGGCGUGCGUCGCCGUGCGUGGACCAGGGGUACCACACGCUGGGCCACAGUCUGGGCCACAGCCUCGGCCACGGCCUGGGGCACGGCCUGGGCUGGUGCAGCCCCGGGCCCUGGCGGCCCGGGCCGCACGAGCACGGCGGGGCCUGGCCGGAGCUGCCCUGGCCGCACCCGACACCGGCCCAGCGCUCGUGCACCGCCACCCCGCACGGGGACGCCGACGACGACGGCGACCUGGACGCGGGCAGGACGCACACCUUCGACAGCCUGCCCGACGACCUGGUGCUGCAGGUGUUCUCCUGGCUGGACUGCCCGACGCUGUGCCGGGCGGCCCGCGUGUGCCGGCGCUGGAGCUCGCUGGCGUGGGAGCCGACGCUGUGGCGCUGCGUGCGGCUGCGGGGCCCGUCCCUCAGCGGGGACCGCGCCGUGCGCGGCGUGCUGCGCCGGCUGGGCGGCUGCGGCGCCACCAUCCAGCGACUGCAGGUCACCGACGGCGCCACCCUCUCGGACCGCGGGCUGACGCAGCUGGCGCGCCGCUGCCCCGGCCUGCAGCACCUGCAGCUGCACGGCUGCCAGCAGCUGGGCGACGCGGCGCUGGCCGAGAUCGCCACGCGCUGCACCAACCUGCAGCGGCUCGACCUGACGGGCUGCACCGGCGUGACCACGCUCGCGGUCACGCCCGGGCCCGAGCCCCCGCGCCGGCUGCAGCUGCAGUACCUCGACCUCACCGACUGCGAGGCGCUGGAGGACGCCGGGCUGCGCGUCGUGGUGCGGAACUGCCCCCAGCUCGUGUACCUCUACCUCAGGCGCUGCAUCAACAUUACAGAUGCCGGCGUCAAGUACGUGCCCAGCUUCUGCUCGCAGCUGCGCGAGCUGAGCGUGUCCGACUGCGGCCAGGUGACGGACUUCGGCCUCUACGAGCUGGCCAAGCUGGGCGCUACGCUGCGCUACCUCUCCGUGGCCAAGUGCGACCAGGUGUCGGACGCGGGGCUCAAGGUGCUGAGCCGGCGCUGCUACAAACUCAGGUACCUGAACGCGCGCGGCUGCGAGGCGGUGAGCGAUGACGCCAUCACGGUGCUGGCGCGCUCCUGCCCGCGGCUCCGGGCGCUCGACAUCGGCAAGUGCGACGUGUCGGACGCCGGCUUGCGCGCGCUCGCCGAGAGCUGCCCCAACCUCAAGAAGCUGAGCGUGCGCGCCUGCGACCUGGUCACGGACCGCGGGGUGCAGUGCAUCGCCUACUACUGUCGCGGGCUGCAGCAGCUAAACAUCCAGGACUGCCAGAUCUCGCUCGAGGGCUACCGCGCCGUCAAGAAGUACUGCAAGCGGUGCAUCAUCGAGCACACCAACCCAGGGUUCUUUUAGCAGGGGGGACUAUACUCCCCCGAUGGGUACUAGUCUACUCGCAAGUGCCAGAAACAGGGGUGCCAGGGGAAAAAAAUAUAUUGUGACAGUAGUUGUAAGUGUUUCUUCAUAUGAGAUGGUUUAUUAUUGGCACCAAAAUGAGAACUGAGGCAUUUUUUUCUUGCCAAAUGUGUACAUUUUUCUACAUAGAUAUUUUUUCUUGUUGUUGCUGUGUUAUUUAUUUUUUUAUUGUACAAUGUUAUUUCUGGAUGAAAAAGGCCAUUAUAAUUACUAGCUGAUUCAUUUGAUUUAUGUGGUUUUCUCUAAAGACCAAGAGAAUAAACCUUUGCCAGUUUAAUCAUUGAGCCACAAGUAGAAAACGAUUGGUUUUCAAAUUAAAAUUAUUAUCUGAGAUCAAACCACUGACCACCACGUGUUGUUUUGUGUUCAAUUCUCUUUUAAGAGUGCCAUAAUGAAUUCCUAAGUGUCAUAUCAAGAAGGGUGUUGAGAUCAAAUGUAACACAUGAUGACAUUUUUCAUCUGUGCCUGGUGCUUAUCUAGAUCUUAAUAUUUUACUUGUUAGAAAUUUCUGUUUCAAAAAUUCAUUGUGACACAAGCUAAAACCUUUACAAUCUUAGGUAUUUUUUUUUAAAGGGAAAUCAACUAUUAAUGUUAUCAAUUAGUUUUAAAUUUGCUGUUGAAUUAAAGUGAAAGUCUGUUAUGAGGA